AUGAGCGAUCCUAAUGAGCGCAUUAAGGACGACCUUUUCUGCCUUUCUGGCCAAAUCAAUCAAACGCGCGCCGCAUCGACAAAUUGGCAACAGCCACAGCAGUCGAGCCACCACUCCAGCAUGUCAUCAUCGAAUCUGAAGCCAAGUCGCUCCCGUUUCAUGAUCAACGAUAUCUUGGCGGGCAGUGCGGCGGCAGCGAACGCCGCUAGUGUGGCUGCAGCGGCGGCUUUCUACAAGCAGCAGCAACAGCAACAGCACCACAAUAACAACAACAACAGUACCACCAACAACAAUAACAACAGCAGCACCACCAAUAAUAAUGCACCACCGCCACCACCAUCAAGCCACACCAGCGCACCACCACACAAGCUGAGCCACUUUGGCGGCACCGUAGGCGCCACACAAAUCGGUUCCAAUGGCCUCAAUGUGGCUCAAUAUGCAGCGGCCAUGCAACAACAUUACGCGAAUGCGGCACAUGCGGCAGCGGUGGCGCGAAACAGCGCAGCGGCAGCGGCGGCGGCAGCAGCAGCUGCAGCGGCUACGAAUGCACCACCACCAGAAUUGGACGACAGUAGCGAUUACCACGAGGACAAUGAGGAUUGUUGUGAUAGCGAUGAGGCGGGCAGCGGAGGACACAUGGACGAUAACAGCGUUUGUAGUAAUGGUGCCAAAGAUGACGAUGGCAAUAGCAUCAAGAGCGGCUCCACGAACGACAUGAGCGGUCUGAGCAAAAAGCAGCGCAAGGCCCGCACCGCCUUUACCGAUCACCAGUUGCAGACUUUGGAGAAGUCCUUCGAGCGCCAAAAAUACCUGAGCGUGCAGGAGCGACAGGAACUCGCCCACAAACUGGACUUGAGCGAUUGUCAGGUGAAAACCUGGUACCAGAAUCGCAGAACCAAAUGGAAACGCCAAACGGCAGUGGGUCUCGAACUGCUUGCCGAAGCGGGCAACUUUGCGGCCUUCCAGCGCCUGUACGGAGGAUCACCCUAUCUGGGUGCCUGGCCCUAUGCCGCCGCGUCGGGUGCGGGCGCCACACACGGCGCCCCUCCCCACUCCAGCAUCGACAUUUACUACAGGCAGGCAGCGGCGGCAGCGGCAAUGCAGAAACCACUGCCCUACAAUCUGUACGCGGGUGUGCCGAGUGUUGGACCACUUACCGGUCUACCCAGUACGGCGCCCUUCUCACAUCUCUCUGCCUCCAGUUCGCUCUCAUCGCUGAGCAGCUAUUAUCAGAGUGCUGCGGCGGCGGCAGCAGCGGCCAACGGUGGCAGUGCAGCAGCAGCAGCGGCGGCGGCGGCGGCGGCUGCAGCCUCGGGUGGUGUCAUCAAGCCGCUGGCCACACCCCCAUCACCCACAUUGCAACUGACGGCUGGUGUCGGCUCCCGUCCCGCCAGUCGACGCUCGACGCCGAGUCCGACGUUGAAUCCGGGAAGUCCGCCGGGCCGUUCGGUGGACAGCUCCCAGGCCCAGUCCGACGAUGAGGAUCAAAUACAGGUGUGA